AUUCGGCGUUGGAGUUUUCAUUAUAUACGAUGGAUUACGAUUCGAUGUACAUAUAAGAGAGAUUCUGUACGAUCAGAUCAUCAUUUUUGGUAGGAUUACUGGAUUUUUCACAGCUCGUACUCUGGAAUCGUGCGUCUAAUCUACGAGUUUUAUUAUGGAAGCUCGAGUACAGAAUAAUGGUGGACGAUGAUGGUAUUCAGAAGUCCGAACAUGUCUUAUAUAAACGUACAAUCCUCCGGUCUCCGGUACCGCCGAUGCCGAUACCGGUGAGAGGAGAGCAGCUUACAGAGCACGAAGCACGAGAGGAGAAGUUGUGUAUUUUGUGUGCAACGACAACCAUCGAUAGGAAGUAGGUCGCUUCGAAUUAACCAAUGAGAAAGGCGCUCGCGUCACGUGACUUUGUUGUUAUCUGUCAGCUGAGAAGUGGAGUAGUUGCUCGAAGCCGGGUUACAAACCGGCCGGCUAUAUUCAUUGUUUUGUGUUUGUCUGUACUCUCAGCUGAUCGUGUAUACUCGUUAACGUCGUCGUCGUCGUCAUCGUCGAUGUACAUUGCGUUGUUAAUGUACCUGCAUUAAUCAUAUUAUUACUUUAAUAGUAAUAAUAAUUUAUCGCGAGUUUGCAUUAUUUUUCUUCGGUGUGUUUCAGUUCAGUUUCUACUGCGGUUUUCGUUUUCUUAUCCUUCGUCGUUGGCGUACGUUUUUCAGUUCUGUUGAGUUGUUGUUCGCGUCAACCUAUACUAAAGUGUGUGAAAAAAAAAACAAUUAUGAACUUGGUUCGUAUUUAAACACUCUUUUCUGCGUGUUAAAAUAAAUUAGUUUUAAAUAUGUCUACCGGUAAACGUUUGGCGAAACGGUCAAUAAUCGGGACGCGGAUUUGUGCACCGGGUGAAGAUGGACUUUUCUACUCCGGUGUAAUUCAAUCGGUGAAAACGCCCACUGAUCACGGUGAUUUCGAAACAAAUAUGGACACUUUGUACUCGGUUAGAUUCGAUUACUCGGCCAAAAAAUGCCCGUCUUUAAAACGCGAGUUUUACGGAUCGGAUAUCAUCGGUCCUGGUUUUCAAACUUUGACAAAUAUUCGUCUGAAUGCUGGUCAAAAAGUAUAUUUGACCUACAACGGCCGCGAGAUUUCGGGACACAUAGUCCAUCAUAAUUGUCUCGUGGACGAGGUGUCCGUCUCUAUAAAUCCCCCUGGAUUUGAGGGUGUGAUGGAAAUUAAAAAACGUCUAGAGGAAAUACGGCUUUUGGAAUCGAGAAAAUCGGCCAGACUUAUGGAUCAAGAUACAGAUUUUGCCCGAUUGGCAGAUAUGGCCGCUGAUCGAAAACGAGCAUCGUCCAAUUCCAUCGAAGUGCCUAUGAAUGGGUACGUUCUGCCGACGAUAUCUCGUAAAAGAAGGACUAGUAGCUCAAACGAUGAUUUUAAUAAAGAUGAAAUGAACGAAUGCACUGCUGCCUUGGUUCUAAUGAGUCUAUCUUGCAGUCCGAACUCGUCUCUUAAUGGAAAUCACUGGAUCGAUCAGCCUUUAUCGCCGAGCGCCAGUUUCAGCGACUGCGCUUCCUGGCGCAGUGGUACACCGUCUCCUCCACUCAGCGAAAGUGGCGGAUCAGGAAUAUGGGGAUCGAUUACCGACGAGGGUAUCGUCUUGGACGAAGAAUACGACGAAUAUCCUCGAAAAAGAAAGAUGAAUCGUACCUUAUUCCAAUGUACAUGGCCUGGAUGUAUGGUUAUUACUACCACGUGCGAGUCUAUCGAAGCUCACGUACGAGUAGCUCAUCUCGGGCCACGUAGAGAAAAAUCAGCGUCAGAUAACGGUUACGACGAAGACAUCGAUUUCGACGAUCACGAAGAAGAAUUUUAUUACACAGAGGUUGAAACCGAAGAAGCCUUCUACUCACCUCCGACACUUUCGCAUCGUGACAUGGCACGUCCGCCUCACGAAGAUCCAGAAUAUCAAAAGUCGUUACUUAAUCCAUCACUGCCAUCGAACCGUCGUUUCUCGCCGGCGGGUCCGAUUAACAUACCAAAAAAUACGAAUACCAAUGUACCGUGGUCUUUCUCAGCUACAAAUAUGCCAGCAAAUUCUAGCUCGCCGGUGAAACACCUAAAGCUAUCGUUUUCUGCACCCGCUUCGAAACUGCCCAGCAGUCCGACUCGUCGAGUACGAGGCGAAACGAAAAAAUGCCGCAAAGUGUACGGCAUGGAACACCGCGAAUUAUGGUGCACGCAGUGCAAAUGGAAAAAAGCCUGUAGCCGAUUCGGAGACUGAAAUAAGCCUAAAACACGAACAAGCAACGUGUUGAAAACAAUUUAAAAAUAAUGCGAAAACAUUUUUUUCUUCUGCCAUAAAUUGUAUACUGUACUAUCGUGUAUCCUUUUGUAUUAAGUACGUCGCAAUUAUUAUACUAUCGAUUCGGAUCGCCAUUGCCUUACAUAACGAUGAAUUUGAAGGCAUCAUCUCCCCCGAUUUGCUCGGCAUAUUGUACCUCUAUAUCUUUAUGUUAUACCAAAAGGUCGGCGACUGUGUACCUAAAAUAAUCGUGUAUUUUCUGUACAUAUUAUUAUCGUGUACCUCUUUAUGAAUUUUCUUUUCUUUUCGCCUAUUUAAGAUAUGUAUCGUUCGCGUAUAUUUUUAAACGUAUUUUUUAUUAUCUAAGAUUUUUCAAGAGAAUGUGUAGGUACGUGUUUGCGUGCGUGUGUGUGUGGUGGUAACAAGUCGAGUGAAAUUUUUUUCCAAGCGUGUUGAACGCGAAUCCUGCCACCAAUAAUCUUUCAUAUUAUGGCCAUAUUGACAAUCUACGAGUAUAUAAACGCGUCACAGAACAGCGGUGCACGUAUUCGCCAAUGCUAAUUGCAAAUUGAGUCGAGUUUAUGUGUGUAAUUGUAUUUUGACUUGAAAUGGAUUAUCAAGCUUUUCAUUUUAUAUAAACAAAAAAACAAAAACGUCGCGUACAUUAGAGAUACUUAUUACUUACCUCUUUUUAUUUUCCAUAGGUAUUUUUUUUUCGCCUUAUUUAUUAUAUUAUUACCUGUAUUUUUAUUCGUUUUAACAUACCUCUCCAUUUUUAAGAAAAAAAAAACAUAAACUGCGAAGUAUUUAUUUUUUUUUCUUCUCUUUUGUAUAAUUAUUAAGUUUACUUUUUUUUAUUUCGUCGUUUUUGUUUUUUUUCUCCUCAUAAAAUGCGUGUGUAAUCAGUUUUUAAUUUAUAUUUAUUUUUUUUUUAGAGUUAAAAAUUUUUAAAAUGUAAAUGUGUGCGAAGUUACCAAAUUUGAAGAAUUUUUUACUCUCUGAUUAUUUAAUUUUACUUUACUAUAGUGAUAUUGUAUCGUCGUGAUUGCUUUCUGUAUUAUGUAUGAUUUUAUUUUUAAUUUUUUUUUUUUUUACGUGUGCGUAUAAUGUUGUUGUGAGUUUUAUGUCGAGACGAGAUUGGAAAGUUUGUUUUGUGUUGUAGAUAGUGAGUAAAGAAGACGAUGGUUGAAGAACUAGAGUGGUCGUUAAUGUGAGAAUGAUUCAAAAUUUGAGGCUUUUGUUGAAGCGCAAUAUGUAUUGACGACGUGUGCUUUGGAUACGAUUCGACUGACGAAAAGAGUCGAAAUUUCCUUGUUUUGGUUGCCGAGGUUCGCGAACGCGAUGUCUUUGGUACUGAAGCUGUUUUGUGGUCAUUUAGGGCUGGGGACAUGUUUUUUUCAAAGUUUUGGUUGAGAACGAUUCAUUUUUGUGAGUCGUUCGCGAACGAUUCGUUCGUUGGAACGGUUUCUCAAAAGUUGACCGGUGUAUGUGGUUUUUGAUAGUGGUAGGAGAAGAAAAGGAUUGGAAAAAGCGUCGCUUGCGAACGAUUCUUUAGAGUCGUUCGCGACCGAAAUGCUAAAUUGCGGUUAUUUUUCAAAAUGGAGUCGUUCGCGAAUGAUUCAUUUAUAGGUAAGAGGUUUUUGUAGAAUAGAAAAUGAAAAAUGAUUCACUUGCGAACGAUUCUUGUGAGUCGUUCGCGACCGAAUCACUGAUUCAUUUUUGAAAAAUUGAUGAAAAAUAUGAUCUCGAAUCGUUCGUGAACGUUUUUUUCACCAGGGGGAUGGUAAAUUGAUCGAUUUCUCGCAAUGAUUCUUUUGAGUCGUUCGCGACUGAAUCGUUAUUGGAUUUUUUUUCGAAAUUAAUGUACUAUAUUUUUUUCGAGUCGUUCGCGAAUGAUUCAUUUUCCCAUGAACUGUGCUCAUAUGCGGUAGAAGAUCUGAAUGAAUUGAUUUUGGCUUCGUUCUCGAAUGAUUCAUUUGCGACGGAUGAUUUAUGAAGGGAGAGGAGACAUUCCUUGUGAAUGAUUCAUUCAAGCUGUUCGUGAAUGAUUCGUUAGAGUCGUUCGUGAAUGAUUCAUUUGAGUCGUUUGUGACUGAUUCUUCCGAGUCGUUCGUGACUGAUUUUUCGAGUCGUUCGUGAACGAUACGAUUCGUUCGAGUCGUUUGUGAACGAUUUUUUCGAGUCAUUCGUGAACGAUUCAUUCGAUUUGUUUGUGAACGAUUCUUUCGAGUCGUUCGCGAACGAUUCAUUUCAAAAUUGCAGGAUUUUGAGAAAAAAAUACCAUGAAUGAAAAUUACUUGAUUUGUUGGAUGUGUCAAAGACUUUCGUUCGCGAACGAUUCAUUUCAAAACUGCAAAAUUUCGAGAGAAAAACAUCACGAAUGAAAAUUAUUUGAUUUGUUUGGCGUGUCAAAGACUUUCGUUCGCGAACGAUUCGUUUGGAAAAUUGCGAUUGCAGUUAUAAUUACAAGUCGUUCGCGAACGAUUCAUUUCAAAACUGCAAAAUUUCGAGAGAAAAACAUCACGAAUGAAAAUUAUUUGAUUUGUUUUGCGUGUUAAAGACUUUUGUUCGCGAACGAUUCGUUUGAAAAAUUUCGAUUGUGGUUACAAUUGAAAGUCGUUCGCGAACGAUUCAUUUCAAAACUGAAAAAUUUCAAAAGAAAAACAUCACGAAUGAAAAUUAUUUGAUUUGUUUGGCGUGUUAAAGACUUUCGUUCGCGAACGAUUCGUUUGAAAAAUUUCGAUUGUGGUUACAAUUGAAAGUCGUUCGCGAACGAUUCAUUUCAAAACUGAAAAAUUUCAAAAGAAAAACAUCACGAAUGAAAAUUAUUCGAUUUGUUCGGCGUUUCAAAGACUUUCGUUCGCGAACGAUUCGUAUGAAAAAUUUCGAUUCUUUUUUAGGAGUCGUUCGCGAACGAUUCAUUUCAAAAUUGCAGAAUUUCGUGAGAAAAAUAUCACGAAUGAAAAUUAUUCGAUUUGUUUGGUGUGUCAAAGACUUUCGUUCGCGAACGAUUCGUUUGAAAAAUUUCGAUUGUGGUUAAAAUUACAAGUCGUUCGCGAACGAUUCAUUUCAAAAUUGCAGAAUUUCGAGAGAAGAACAUCACGAAUGAAAAUUAUUCGAUUUGUUUGGCGUGUCAAAGACUUUCGUUCGCGAACGAUUCGUUUGAAAAAUUUCGAUUGUGGUUGCAAUCACAAGUCGUUCGCGAACGAUUCAUUUCAAAACUGCAAAAUUUCAAGAGAAAAACAUCACGAAUGAAAAUUAUUCGAUUUGUUUGGCGUGUCAAAGACUUUCGUUCGCGAACGAUUUGUUUGAAAAAUUUCGACUCUUUUACGAGUCGUUCGCGAACGAUUCAUUUCAAAAAGCAGAAUUUUGACUGAAAAAUGUAACGAAUGAAAAUAAUUCGACUUGUUUGGUGUGUCAGAGACUAUCGUUCGCGAACGAUUCGUUUGAAAAAUUUCAACUCUUUUACAAGUCGUUCGCGAACGAUUCAUUUCAUAACUGCAAAAUUUCAAGAGAAAAACAUCACGAAUGAAAAUAAUUCGAUGUGUUGUUUGGCGUGUCAAAGACUUUCGUUCGCGAACGAUUCGUUUGAAAAAUUUCGACUCUUUUUUACGAGUCGUUCGCGAACGAUUCAUUUCAAAAAUGCAGAAUUUUGACUGAAAAAUGUAACGAGUGAAAAUAAUUCGAUUUGUUUGGCAUGUUAAGUACUGUCGUUCGCGAACGAUUCGAUUAAAAAUGAUGAAAUUCAAAGGAAUUGAAUUUUUAAAAAAAACAUCACGAACGAAGAAAAAAAAAGAACGUUAAAUUCGUUAAAAAUACCAAAAUUUCAGCUCAGAUCUCUUUUGUUAACCUAUUUAAAAAUAUUCGAAUGUGAAACAUGUCUGAAUCUAGGCGGCCUUUUUCGAACGUCAUCAUCACGAGAGCCUAUUGUUUUAUUACCUCUCGAGUUUCAAAUUGGAAAAAAUAUUAUAAUUUUUGAAAGACGUCGUUAAUUUCUAGCGAUUCUUCAAAUUUGCGUAAUAUUAUAUAUCUUAUAUACGAAUCUAAGAGUAUAAAAAAUAAAAUUUUUUUGCUAAAAGUUAUGUAAGUAAUUAGAUACAUAGUAGAAGAUAUUACUAUACCACAUUUUAAGUGAAAUUUCAUUUUCAUAUAUUUUUUCUAUCGUAGUCUCGUCGAGUUUAAUUAUUUUUCGCCCUUUUUCCUUUUUUUUUCUCUCUUUCAUUGAUUCGGUCGCCCAGCGCGCUUUUUAAAUUACGCGUAUUUUUUAAAAUUAAUAUUUUACGAGUUUGAAUUUUUUUCUAUAGUAUUUUAGGUAUUUUUAUUAAAUAUGCGAUAAGAUUAUUGAAGAAAAAAAAAAGACGAAAAUAUCUGGAUUGUACAACGCGUAGUCUACCUAAAUGUAGCGUAUAUAUGAUAAUAUGCAUUAAGUUGACAUAAUUUUUUUUUUCCUUAAAGUAGUGGGUACCUAGAUGUACAAAAUACGCACAUCGUCUUUCGUUUUAUUUCUUUUUUUGUUGUUUUUCUUUUGUUUCUCCUCCCAUAACCUUUUUUUUUUUUUGUUCUCGAAAAUCAACUUUCGGCCAUUUUAGUGUAUCGCGCGACUGAUGGUGGGGGUGGGGGGGACUUAUAUCGAAAAAAAAUUAUCGUAAUUUCGGAAUAUGAAAAAAUUCGAUCUCAAAACUCUCUAAGUUGUUUUUUUCUUUCUUUUUUCGUUGUUUAUAAAUUUUUUUUUCUCGAACUGCGUGAUUCUGUGAUUAAUAUAUAAAUGUAUAUGCAAUAUACGCGUGCGUUUUACUUUCAUAUUCGAAUUUCAAUUCGGGUUUAAUUUGUUUUGUUUGUCGUUUUCAUACACCUCGAAAUCUUGAUGUUAAUUUUGUUUCCUUUUUUUUUUUUUUUUCGUUUAUUAAAUGUUUCGGGUACCAUCAUCAUUGUGAUCUGAAUGUCAUCGCUGUUAUAUUUUAAUUGUUUUUUUUUCUUCUUUUUUUGUCCUCGUGUUAUACUAAAAUAUAAUUGCUGUGGUAUGUUUUUUUUUUGUAUUAAAAAAAUUAUCUAAAACGAACAAAAAAUAUUGAAUUUUGAAAAAAUUUCUUAUUCGUGACGCUUCUUAAUUGUGAAUUAUCGAAUUCGAUCAUUUUUUUUCUGUUUUUUUUUGUGAGGAUAACGUCGAAGUAAAUAUUCGUUAAUCCUGUGAUAAGAAAGUGGUUUUUUUUUGUUUCACCAAAAGUGAUAAUGUUCUAAAAUAAUCGAGACGUGUUUUAUUUACUACCUACUCUUACUUAUCUUACAUUUUACGAUGAAAAUAAGAAGCAAUUUUUCAUAUCAUUGAAUCAACAAGAAAAAAAAAAAAAAAGUAUAAAUAAAAUGGUACCCAAAUUUAUAUAAUAAUUUAACUGAUUCGAAUGUUGCUUUGAAAAAUAUUUUCAAGUUGAAAGUACAAAUAUAACUGUGAUUAAAUCUUUUCUUUUUUUUUAAUUUAUUUUUUUUUGUCGUUAUUCUCAUUAUGUUACGAUUGUUACAAUUAUUAUGUUAGGUUGCGUUUUAUAUAAAUAUGGCGAUACGCGGUUUCAUUCCAUUUUGAUUUUAAUAUUUUUUUUUUAAAAAGAAAAAUGUAAAAAAAAAUGAACAAAAUUGAUCAAAUUAGUACGCGAUGAAGGUGCAUUUUUUGAAUCGAAAUACUAAAAAACACUAGGUACGUAAAAUCGCAAUCGAUAUAUACGAAUAUAUGCGAAAAAUAAUCUUUGAUGAUGGUGAUGAUAAUGAUGAUGAAAGCUAUAUGAUUAUUAUUAUCUGUAUUAUUAUUAUCUGUAUUAUUAUUAUCAUCGUUUAUUAUUAUUCUCUAUAUACGAUGUAGUUUUUUCUUUCUUCUCCGCCGUUUGUUUACAUUUAUUAUUGUUUUGUUUUCUUCUUAAUUUUUUUUCUGUUUUGUUAUAAGCUGCUUCCCUUUGAGGUACCUCGGCUUGAACGUGAAAAUUAAUCGUGUUCAGUUGUUCACCUUUGUACCUUUUUUUUUUUUUUUUUUUUUUUUUCAAAUACGGAUCUCAUUGAAUGGUCGAGUGAGGAGCAAAGGGCAUUUCGAGAGCUCUUUUCACUCGACCUUUUUACCGAGUUUGAUUUACCUAGAUCCGUGUUUUUUUUUCAGUUUAUUCCAGGAUAAAGAUUUACUUACUUUUUGGAAUUUUUUUUAGAUUUAAUUUUGUCAAUUGGGAUGUGAAAUUAGCUCUUUUUGUGGAUAUCAUGAAAUUUAUCCAGUUGGUCAAUCGUUUUUUGGCUUUUAACUCGUUCAAUUUGCAUUUUUUCAAAAAACUUGAAAUUAUCUACAAAAAAUAUUCUUAUCGAUUCUCAGAAAAAAAAAAAAUCGAUAUCUCGAAAUUUUUCAAGUCGAAAAUGGUUUCUUGAUCGUUUCUCUGAGAACAUAAAUUUUUUCGAAAAUUAAAAAUGGUAAAAAAUAUUCCUCGUAAAAUUUCCUGCAAAAAAAAGUUCUUAUCAAUUUUUCAAAAAAUCGAGUUUUUUUGUCGAUAUUUCGAAAUUUGGACAUUUUUUGGUCGCUUUUCUGAGAAUUUGAAUUUUUUCGAAAAUUAAAGAUGGAAAAAAAUAUUCCUCGUAAAAUUUGCUGCAAAAAAAGUUCUUAUCAAUUUUUCAAAAAAUCGAGAUUUUUUGGUCGAUAUUUCGAACUUUGGACAUUUUUUGGUCUUUUCAAGUCGAAAAUGGUUUUUUGAUCGUUUCUCUGAGAACAUGAAUUUUUUCGAAAAUUAAAUAUGGAAAAAAAUAUUCCUCGUAAAAUUUCCUGCAAAAAAAGUUCUUAUCAAUUUUUCAAAUAAUCGAGAUUUUUUGGUCAAUAUUUUGAAAUUUGGACAUUUUUUGGUCUUUUCAAGUCGAAAAUGGUUUUUUGAUCGUUUCUCUGAGAACAUGAAUUUUUUCGAAAAUUAAAAAUGAAAAAAAAUAUUCCUCGUAAAAUUUCCUACAAAAGAAGUUCUUAUCAAUUUUUCAAAUAAUCGAGAUUUUUUGGUCGAUAUUUUGAAAUUUGGACAUUUUUUGGUCUUUCUAAGUCGAAAAUGAUUUUUUUGAUCGUUUUUCUGAGAACAUGAAUUUUUUCGAAAAUUAAAGAUAGAAAAAAAAUAUUCCUCGUGAAAUUUUCUGCAAAAAAAAGUUCUUAUCAAUUUUUCAAAAAAACGAGAUUUUUGUUGAUAUUUUGAAAUUUGGACAUUUUUUGGCCUUUUCAGGUCGAUAAUGGUUUUUUGAUCGUUUCUCUGAGAACAUGAAUUUUUUCGAAAAUUAAAGAUAGAAAAAAAUAUUCCUCGUAAAAUUUCCUGCAAAAAAAGUUCUUAUCAAUUUUUCAAAAAAACGAGAUUUUUUGUCGAUAUUUCGAAUUUUGGACAUUUUUUGGUCUUUCUGAGUCAAAAAUGGUUUUUUGAUCGUUUCUCUGAGAACAUGAAUUUUUUCGAAAAUUAAAAAGAUUGAAAAAAAUAUUCCUCGUAAAAUUUCCUGCAAAAAAAGCUCUUAUCAAUUUUUCAAAAAAUCGAGAUUUUUUUCGAUAUUUCGAAAUUUGGACAUUUUUUGGUUUUAUUUCAUCUAAUUUGAAUUUUUUUGAAAAAUUUAAUGAAAAUAUUUCUCAUGCAAUUUUCUAAAAAAAAAGAUAUUCAUGAAUUUCCAAAAAACAAGAGAUUUUUUGAUCUUAUCUCUUCCAGUUUGAAUUUUUUCAAAAAAUCGAAGAUGAAUGAAAAUAUUCCUCAUAAAAUUUCCUACCAAAAAAGCUCUUAUCAAUUUUUCAAUAAAUCGAGAUUUUAUAUCGAUAUCUCAAAAUUUGCUCCAUUUUUCAGUCUUAUUUCAAAAAAAAAAAAAAAAUCGAGAUUUUAUAUCGAUAUCUCGAAAUUUGUACAAUUUUUUGGUCUUAUUUCAUGCAAUUUGAAUCUUUUCGAAGAAUGUGGCAUGAAAGAAUAUUUCUCUUAUAAUUUCCUCUAAAAAAGGUCCAUAUGAAUUUCCAAAAAAAAAAAAGAGAUUUUAUAACUCGAAAUUUGAGUGAAAUUGAAAAUUAUAAAAAUGAAUGAAUAAUUUGAUAGAUUUAAAAUUUUGUUGGAGAAAAAAACGAAUAUUCCCCCCCCCCUCUCACACCUACAAAUUUGAGACAUUUUCAUCUAAAUUCCAAAAAAAUAACCAUUUUUGUAAAAUAUUACAAUAUUGAAAUGAAUUGAUAAUUUUUUUUUUGAUAAUUUUUGAACAAUCGUUUUCAUUUUUUUCAAAAAAAAAAAAAAAAAGUCAAAUAUCAAAAUUAUGAAAAAAAUUUAAAAUCCAAUCGUUGAAAGUUUUACGUUCCAAUCGAGCAAAAUUUCCACUUCUAUAGCUUUUAUUACCUACGUUGAGAUUUAAAAAAAAUACCUAUUUAUUUUUCUUCCUUUGUACCUAAUUUUAAAAAUAACAUCAGCAAGAAAACGUGUCAUAAUUAUUUAAUUUUAUGGGACAUUUGUGUACAUAUUUUGGCCAACCCAUAAAUGUGUAUUUUACGCGAUAUACCAAAAAUAGUUACCAAUUUUAUGUUUGAUAUUUUACAUAAUUACGAAUGUAAGUACGAUAUUUUUCUUAUCAUGGCCUCUGUUGGAAUUUUUCAAAAAAAUGAGAAAAAAUAAACACCCGAGUAUAUAGAUUACUUACCAUAUUAUACUUUAUACAUUGUAAUGUGUAUUGCAUCAAAGAAAAAUAACAGAAUUACCUAUUUACAUAUUUAUUUUUGCCAAGCUUUAAAUGUAGUACCUUUGACUGUGUAGUAUAAAUAUAGGUAUUGGAUCUGAAAGUACACAAUACGAAGAGUCCAUUUAACGGUCGAAUGUAUUAUAUUUUGUAUUAAUUAUAAAUAUUUUUAUUUUAUUAUUUUUUUUUUCUUCUUCGUCAUUAACUUAAUUUCUUUUAUUUUUUUUUUCGAAUCGUAUAUAUUGUAAGUGUUCUUUUUUCGCUUUUGUUUCUUUUGUUUUCGUUUUGUUUUUAUGUUAAGUUUUUAAAGUAGUAUUUUUUUUUCUAAAUCUCUUAAUGAUGUAAAAAAAAAAUGGAAAAAAUGGAAAAAAAUUUUACGCAACGUUAUAAUAUUAAUUUGAUCUCUUUCUCUGUCUCUCUCUUUCUGUUCGUACCUUGUUUCGCGUCUGUCGUUUUGAUUUUAAUGUACUAUUUACCUUUAAUAGAUAGAAUAAUAUUUUUUUGCUCGAUUGUCAUUUUAAAAAAUGCAUAUUGUAGAUACCUAUUUAUAAAAUAAUAGAGAUACGAAAAAUUCUACAUAUAUUUCUCUAAAGUGAAGACAAUAUGACACCAAAAGUGUUCCGUUGAAAGUGUUUCUGUCUGCUCUUUAUCGAGUCGUCGUACUGUUUUUUUUCUCUUUCUUUUUUCACGAGUAAAUUUUUUUACAUCAAAAAAUUAUUAUUGGACUGACACGCUUAUAUUUAUGAGACGCUCGAAGCGUGAAAACAAAUCAAUUCUUUUUAAUUUUUACAGUAUUAUGUUCGCGUUACAAUCGAGAUACCUUUACCAUCGUGUUUAUAAAUAACAUUGUGUACGAAAUUUAUCAACAGUACGCUAUAAGUCUUCUGUUUUGUAUAAAAAAAAAUUCAAGGAAAAAAAACGUCGAAUUUUUAUGGAACCCUUUUUCUUUUUUUUUUUCAAUCAGUGUGUUUUUCUCUUUACUUUUUAUCUACCUAUCUUUCUGUUUCUGUUUUUCUGUUUCUCUCUCUGUGAUCACAAAUUAUACCUAUACCUCCUUAUGGACAUUAUUUAAUAGCCAGUUUUGAGUUUUGAUUUCAAAAACAACUACGUACUAUAAUAUACAUCAUCAUGAUCAUGAACUAGGUAGACGUUUAUUUAAAAUAUGUGCCUAUAUACAAUAUAAUUGAUUUUAUAAUAAGGAAAUAUGUAAGAGUAGUAUCACUACGCGUUAUUUUCUAAGUUUAAUUGUAUAACUUAAACGUAACUUAAUCAUCGUUUCUUUUUUUUUUCUUUUUCGUUGUUCAAUCCUAUUAAAAUAGUUUCAUAAACGUAGAGUAUUAUUUCCAUUGUAAAAUAAUGAUGAAAAAAAAAAUAAACGCAAGGUUUUGCUUCUAUUUA